AUGAAGAAUUUGAAGUCGAGGUGGAGGUCUGCUGCGGCUUUGCUUGCUUCUUGGCCUUCGAGGAGGGCGAAGGCGGUCACGGUGCGGAGGAGGUCGUUGAGGCCAAAGAGGAAGUCGUUCCCGCACCUGCUGAGGAAGCCACUGUUGAGCAGCCUGCCGUCGAGGAAUCGAGUCCCGAGUCAGUCCAGGAGGCUCGUUGCUGAGCCGGUUCCUGAGCAGACUGUCGAGACUGCUACGGAGUCCGUCGAGGCUGCUUCCACUGAGCCUGCUGCCGCUAAGCCUGCUGCUGAAGCCACCGAGGAGCCCGUCCUCGCCGUCGCCGAGGAAAGCAUUGCUGAAAAGGCCGAGCCUACUGAGGCCGAACCUAUUCAGGAGACCACUGAACAGGUUACCGCAGAGGAACCAGCUGCCGCUGAAGCUGCUCCCGGAGAGACUGCCGCACCUGAGCCUGUUGCUGCUACCAUCACCGAAGAAGCUGCUGCUCCUGCUGAGGGUGUGACUGUUGAGGAGCCCGUUGCUGAGACUUCUGUCACCGAAGAGAAGGUUGCUGAAGAGCCUGUGGCUGAGACUGUUGAAGAUGUUGCUGCUCCUGAGCUUGUCGUGGAGGCUGUCACCGCCGAGCCCGCCGAAACCAGCGAGGGAACCACCAAGUCCGUUGCCAAGGCAUCAGACUCCAAGCCUGCUGCCGACGACAGUUGCGCCCAAGCAGAAUGA